CCUUGGACCAGAACAGACCAGAGUUAUAUAAUUGAAAGUGCUUCUAUAUUUGAGGAAGAACAAAUUGGUGGUUGAAUGGUGGAUUAAUAAGUAGCUGUUGUAUUACCAGAAUAAGAAGAUAUUUUGGGAGUUGGGAAGAACCUGAUUUUCACCCUAGUCUAGCAGCUUUGCUGCUCGCUUAAACACAGAUGAAUGAAGACCCCAUUUGGAAAAUCACCAGGUCAGCGGUCCAGAGCUGAUGCAGGUCAUGCAGGAGUCUCUGCAAGCAUGAUGAAGAAAAGAACCUCCCACAAAAAGCAUAGAAACAAUGUUGGACCAAGCAAACCUAUUUCUCAGCCACGAAGAAACAUUGUAGGCUGCAGAAUACAGCAUGGCUGGAAAGAAGGGAGUGGACCUGUAACACAAUGGAAGGGCACAGUUCUUGAUCAAGUUCCUGUAAAUCCCUCUCUCUAUCUUAUUAAGUAUGAUGGAUUUGAUUGUGUAUAUGGACUAGAACUGCACAAAGAUGAAAGAGUUUCAGCACUUGAAGUCCUUCCAGACAGAGUUGCUUCAUCUCGAAUUAGUGAUGCCCACCUGGCAGACACAAUGAUUGGCAAAGCUGUGGAACAUAUGUUUGAGACAGAGGAUGGCUCAAAAGAUGAAUGGAGGGGGAUGGUCUUGGCUCGAGCUCCUAUUAUGAACACAUGGUUUUAUAUUACCUAUGAGAAAGAUCCUGUCUUGUACAUGUACCAACUAUUAGAUGAUUAUAAAGAAGGUGACCUUCGCAUUAUGCCUGAUUCCAAUGAUUCACCUCCUGCAGAACGGGAACCAGGUGAAGUUGUGGACAGCCUGGUGGGCAAACAAGUGGAAUAUGCCAAAGAAGAUGGCUCAAAACGGACUGGCAUGGUCAUUCAUCAAGUUGAAGCCAAACCAUCUGUCUAUUUCAUCAAGUUUGAUGAUGAUUUCCAUAUUUAUGUCUAUGAUUUGGUGAAGACAUCCUAGACAUCAUCAUGAACUUCUGCCAAAUUUGUGGAACUAUUAAACAUAAAAUUUGUAAACACAAAGACUUGACUGUUUUUCAGUUAAAUGAAAACUUAAAUGUCCCUGUGAACCCAUGAUCUCUAUCAGCAAAACUAUUUUGUUCUGAAUAAUACAAAUUUAUGUGAACAUCGCGCAUUUUGCAUAAGAGAACUCCUUUUCUUGAAGGAAGUCAAUAUAUUUGGGUGGGAGGGAGUUAAAAGCUAAGAACAGCUGAAAAUUCAAGCUGUGUGAAGUCAAUCUAGUAUUGUAAUCUAGAUUUUCUCAUAUAUUUUAACAUUUUCUUCAACCUUGCACUCACCUAUUCAACUGCCACAUGCAAGUGUAGCUUGCUAUUUUUGAUAUGCCUUCUUUUGUAACAUUAAUUUCUUGGUUACUGGCAGUCCUUGUUUUCUGAGUUGGGACAGAGGUGACUCUUCUGAAAGGUUUAAACAAUUUAUUCAGCAGUAAAGAGUGCCUAACCCAAGUAACAUCAAUCUACUGUGUUCCUACACUUUAUUUCAAAUUAAGCUUUUUAAGAGCUUCCAGUAUAUGGAAAUACUUAUGCAUUUUUACUAUUCACAGGGCAGUAGAAUAUCAAGUGUUUGAUUUAUGCACCUUUCAGUGAAAAGACUUUAAACUAUAAAAAGAUAUUUAAUCUGUGUAAACAGUUAAUUAGAAAAUGGAGGUUAAGGACCUUUGUUUACAAGUUGUAGAAGCCAGUAAAAUAUACACAACAAAGCUGCCUUUAAUCCCAAAUGUUGUACUCUCUUUCAUUAUACACAUUUCUCAGCAGAACCCAAGUGCUUGGUGCCACAAGUUUAACAGUAUAUAUGCUACUUAAGAUUUUAGACUACGCCUUGGCAAUCAGUAGUCUCUCAUUUAACCUAGCAACCUGGAUGUUUGAGUGUGGACUCAAAAACCUAAUAGUAGUUAAUCUUUUACAUGGUAAAUACACUCUUAUGAGGGUGGGGGGUCCUUUUACACUGAAGACCUUCUUUAGAGGAGAAAUAUUCAUUGCCUUCUGCUCAGUCUGCUGUAUUCAUUUGUUUUGUUUGGGGUUUUGCUUUUGGUUCAAGAAGGCAUCUUCUCCAUAUAUUCUUUUUCUGGCUUUUCCAUGUAGAGGCUGUCCAGACAAAUCUCCAAUUUAAACCUGUUGUACUUGCUUUGAGGUAUGAUGUUAACAUGAAUUUCAUUCUAUGAGCACUAGAGUUCUACAUGCCAGUGGUGUACUAAGGGGAGCUAUAGACAGUCUCAGUGGUUUAUUCAUCUGCAUUAGAAUGUGGAUGUAAAUUGCAGCCCACAAUAGCAGAAUCCUUUCACAAUUGUAAUCUUGUGAGAUAGUUGUAAAUCAAGGUUAGGUUAUUUGUUUUUUAAGUGUAGCAACUUUUAAAAGCAUCAGAAUUGCAACAAGGAUCAACACAGCAACAGAAUUGUCAUGCUAGUGUAGAGCUCUACAAGCUUCAAAAUACUGCUUCACAGAAAUACAGUAUGUGAAGAAUGUGAAUAGUCGACACUAUUGAUGGAAAGAAGGAAUACAUAGAUAUCCAACUUCAUGCUGUUAGUGGAAGGAUGCUUGAAUGGUACUGACAGAGAGAUCAGAGGUCUGACCUCUAUUGUGGGUAUUCUUGAUAUCAAAGACUCAGUGGUUUAAGUCCUUUUCUGUCCAUUUUUUUGCUUGAUUUCAUAUUUUAGCCUUAAGGCUUGUGCCUCAUUAUGAUGUUAAAUGGUAAUAUUGUGUAAAUAUGGUAUUUCAGUUCUUUGUCCCUUUCUACUAUAUUGCAUUAUGUAUGUCCUGUAUUUCAUCAUGGGCAACCAAAGGCAGGCUACUGUCUUUCAGUUCACAGCUUCUCGAUCCAGUCUUUAAGCACUAAGUACCUGAGUCAGUAAAUUUUUAUUGUGUUUUGAACAAAGUGAGCAGAUUUGCAACAUAGUGCUUUCAUCCUGCAGAUCUGUUAUGUGCUUUCUAUUGACUCUUAAGAGUCCUGCAUGUAAAUCUCAAAGCUGAGCCUGGCUCCAUGAGCCCAAGUUGAUAUUUGUGGCACAAGAAUGGGUGUAUUGAUUGCAUACAAAAUACAUUAAUAACUUAGUACAAUGAAUUUUGGGGUUUACAUCUAAAGAAUACAAGGUUUGUUUUGAAAUAUUUGAGGUGUGCGCCUACUGGAACAUUUUUAGCAUUAGACUUGCAUUUGUGGGUUUUAUGCAAGCCACUCUAAUACACAACAUAUUUUACUAAUUGAAAUAUAAUCUAUACACUAUAAAAUUUUCUGUUUGUUUUUAGAUGUCCCCAUUGUCUGUUGCAUGGGGUUUUUUUCCUUUCAUCUUUUUUCUUAGGGGGAGUGGUAUUGGUUUUGUGGCUAUUAUUUAAUAGCUUACACCACCUUUUUGAGACUUGAGACUAAUUCCACUCCCUGCCAUCUGCUUUGGACUUUAUUUUAGGCUCAUGUUUCAGAUCUGCAUGCAGUGCUUGUAUUACCUUAGUAACUACUACAUGUUGGUCCCUUGUUCUAGGGGUUCAAAUUACUUUCCAAAUUUAUCAUAGGUCUUGUGAUGGCACAAGCCAUGGAUUUUUGUAUAGAGGUUAUUUGCCUUUCUCAUUUACCUGCUGUAGUAUUGUUGUAUAUUGUGUGUGUGCAUGAUGUCAGGCUGCCAUGUAAAACUUUUUAAAAAUCAAAAAAAAAGCCCCCAAAAAAACCCCCAAAACGCACCAAACACACACACAAAAAAACCCAAAAAAAACCAUAAAUCUUAAAUUCAGACCAUUAUUUUUUUGCAUGCUUAUAAUAUUAGAAUGUUCAAUGUAACAAACUGAAGUUGCAUGUUAUAAUGUUUGGGUUUUGUUCUGGUUUUAUUUUGUGUUCAUUUUUUUGUGAAAUUUCUUAUUAUGCUGUUUGAAUGGUUGUUAGUAGAAUUAAAUGCACUGGUGAGGCGAACAUAGUUCCAAUGGAAGGUAAUUUUCCACUUGUAUGUGUCAUACAGCAUUUGAAGGAACCGUGCAUGCAUUCUGUUCAAGAAUAAAUAAAAUCACAAUCAAUUAAUAAAACAUUAAUUUUAGGGGGUUUUUUUGAGUGCCAAACCCUAAACUAAGUUGGACUACAUCAAGACUGAAACACUUUGGGGAAAUUUCUACUUAUUGCAAUAGGUAUAAGCCAUCUUUAAAUUAAUUAUUUUAAAAUGGAGGCUUUAUCUUCAGAUACAAUAGACUGCAGUUGCUUAAGGGCAAAAGAAUUAUGGAAAAAGCAGGUUUUGGUUCCUUCAAAAUGCUGUGCUUUUUGUAUUUUACAUUAUUAGUGAAAUUAGGAUGGUUCUUGGUAUGUGUAUAGUUCAAAGGUCUUCGUGUUCACAUUUUAAAAUUAGGUAACAACUUCAUAUUUAGAGCUUGGCUUCAUUAUUUUUUUUUCUUUGCAUAUAGAAGUAUGAAUACUUUAAGUCUGUUACUUAAUUCUGUAAGUAAUUUUUAUAAUUAUGAUGUAACUCUAUCCUUAAAGCAUUUAAAAUAAAUCCUUUAUGUGCAACU